AUAAGACUUUGCCAGGCAGCUCCCAUAUCUCUCUCUCUCUCUCUCUGAAAUUGUUAUAAACUAGAGAGAGAGUGUGUGAGUUUGUGUAUCUGUCUGCUUCUCUCUCAAACUCCAUUUUCUUCUCAUUAUCUGUUUGUUUUUUUUUCUCUUGCUCUGUCCGUCCUCAUAUAUUUUACUUGUUACUUAAUUCAUUUGAAUUAUUAGUAUAUAGUAUACCUGAAUAAAUUAUUAUAUAAUAAACAAACAAACAAACAGCUUUUGUGCUGUUUCUACUCCUCCAUCUGAUACGCUCUGCUUUCGGUGAAGUUGAAGCUCCAAACCUCGUCGUUUUCCUCUGCUCUCUCUCUCUCUCUCGCGACCUUCGAGAUUAAUUUACCGCCCUCUUCUCUACAAUCGUUUCUCUUCAAAGUGCAUUACUCUCUCUCCUUCGGUUUCAACUUUCCCGCUCUGUUUCUCUCUCUGGAAUGAAAAUUUUCUCACUUUGGGGGGAAAGUGAAAGAUGAAUACAAGAGUCCGCACUACUCUUCAGUCCGUAAAAGCUUAUUCGAAUCCUCAAAAAGAGAAGAAGAUGGAAUUGCAGGGAAGCACAUCACAGGGAGCCCAGAAAGCACCGGUGAAUCGGCGCCGAUCCAACAGAGAAAGAAAAUUGGCUUUACUUGAAGAUGUUGAUAAGCUCAAGAAGAAGCUCAGACAUGAAGAGAAUGUCCACAGAGCAUUGGAAAGGGCUUUCAAUAGACCUUUGGGAGCUCUACCUCGCCUCCCUCCUUAUCUCCCUCCAUAUACGCUAGAGCUUCUCGCCGAAGUAGCUGUUUUGGAAGAGGAGGUUGUUCGGCUUGAAGAGCAGGUUGUUAAUUUUAGGCAAGGCCUAUAUCAUGAGGCGGUUUACAUAUCGUCCAAGAGGAAUGCAGAGAAUUCAAUUGAUUCAUACGAACAUUUAUCAACUGAAAGUUCCAAACAGGUUGAAUCAAAGUGUUUAUCCCAACAUGAAUCGAAUUCAGGAUUAUCCGUGUCACAGACUUCACCUUAUCUUGCCAGAAGUGCUUCAAGAAGAAAGAUAUCGCCUUCUAAACCAAUCUCUGAUCGAAUUGGUCAUUGUUCUAAUAGGCCAAUCAAUGGGAAACAAGCUCUAAAGAAACUCAAUUCCUCUUUGGAUGAUGGGCGAGGAAAAGAGAAUCGAUCAUGUUCUAAUUCUGCGAAGGAUAAACCAUCUCCAGAAAAGAAAAUACCCAGUUUGAAGAGACCUCCAAUUAAGUCUGAAUCGAUGGAAAAGUGCAUUGAUCCUUCGAAGUUACAGUUGGAUUGCAGAUUAGUAGACUGCGAACAAGCACAGGAGAGCUCUUCUGGUUCAUCUGAUGGUGGAGUGUUGGAGGCUGACAGCAACCCGCCAAACAAAAUCUCUGAGGAUGUUUUGAAGUGCUUGUCUAGCAUCUUUCUAAGACUUAGCACACUGAAGCACAAGGCUGUUGAAUCAAAGUCCAUUCCUUCAUCAGUGGUGCUUUCUAAUGAAAACAAUCAAGAAACCAAAAUUUGGGAUCCUUAUGGUAUCUGUUUAGAAUUCAGAAAUAGGGAAAUCGGUCCUUAUAAGCACUUAUGUUCAAUUGAAGCUGGUUUAAUUGAUCUGAACCGGAAAACAAAUGCUUCGUUUUUGAUCCACAGACUAAAGCUCCUGCUUGGUAAACUAGCCUCUGUUGACUUGGAGGGUCUUACCCAUCAGCAGAAACUUGCAUUUUGGAUAAACACUUACAAUUCCUGCAUGAUGAAUGCAAUUCUAGAGCAGGGAAUACCCGAGACUCCUGAAAUGGUUGUUGCACUGAUGCAAAAGGCAACGAUAUCUGUGGGCGGACAUUUGCUAAAUGCAAUUACAAUCGAGCAUUUUAUCUUGAGGCUGCCUUAUCACUUGAAAUUCACUUGUCCAAAAUUUGCCAGAAAUGAUGAAAUGAAAGCACGCAGCAUAUUCGGAUUGGAGUGGUCUGAACCCUUGGUUACUUUUGCACUCUCCUGUGGAAGUUGGUCCUCCCCAGCUGUGAGGGUGUACACUGCAUCUCAAGUUGAGAACGAGUUAGAAGCCGCAAAGAGAGACUAUUUGCAGGCAGCAGUAGGCAUUUCGACAACAAACAAGUCUAUAGUUAUUCCUAAGCUGUUAGAUUGGUAUCUUCUUGACUUUGCCAAGGACUUAGAAGCACUGCUGGAUUGGGUUUGCUUGCAGCUCCCCAACGAACUCAGGACUGAAGCAGUUAGAUGCCUCGAGAGAAAGGGAAGAGAGCCUCUUUCACAGUUAGUACAAGUAAUGCCGUAUGAUUUCAGCUUCAGGUACCUCAUACACCGAUAAAAAGAUUGUGUUUUCUUCUAUGGAGAUUCAAUCUGCAUAGAUCUAAGAACUAGGGAUGACAGGUCUUUUGUACUGAUGCAUAAGAUAACAUAGAGUUGUAUAUGUAAUCUAGUCGUUGCAAGAAACUGUGGGAGAGGCAGGGAGAGAUUACUGUCCCUCCAAAAUGGGUUUUGGUGUCUGGUCAUUGGUUUAUUCAAAUUGGUUUUUAUAGAAAGAGUACAUGAUAAAUUGAUAUGGCAAUUUCUUUGAA